AUGGCACGCUCGCCGCGACUGCGGAACGCUGUCGUGCAGGUGUCGUCGUUGCUGCUGACGGUGUUCACGCUGUGUGUCUUAUUUGUCGUUUUUGGAGCGUCGAAAGCACCAACGUGGGCACGUCGGGAGUCUUGCUCUUCAGAGUCGAAGGCGGAGGCGCUGUUUGACUACUCUGAGUUCUACUCUUGCUCGGAGAUACUACCUCAGCCGCUGAAGAUGGUACUGCUGCUCAUCUGGCUGCUCCUGGUGCUGAGCCUGCUGGCGACCACCGCGGACCUCUUCUUCGUUCCUCAGCUCGAAGCGCUGUCGUGCAGACUGGGGCUGUCAGAGGACGUGGCUGGAGUCACCUUACUGGCACUGGGGAACGGCAUGCCAGAUGUCAUGACAGCGACAAGCGCUAUCAACAAAGCAGAAGAUCUGGCCCUUUCUCUGGGGGAGUUGUUCGGAGCUGGGAAUUUUAUUCUCAGCUUCGUCUUGGGCUGCGUUAUACUGUGCCAGAGGACGCCUGUGGAGGUGGAUCGCUGCGCUCUGUUUCGAGAUGCUGGGGCUUAUGUAUGCGUUAUUGUCCUCAUUGUUGCUAUAACGGUAGACAACGAGGUGAGUGUGACUGAGAGCUUUGUGUUCGUGGUUGUGUACGUCGCUUACAUUGUGGUUGUGGUAUUUGGCCGACGUUGCCAGGGAUGCGGUCCGUCAUCAGACGGGCCGAGCUCCGAGCCCACUGGGAGCGCCGAUGAAAUCAGUUUGCAGGACGCGGCAGUUGGGGCCGUGCCCCUGGCUGGUGGCCACAUGGCCACAGCCACUGAUGCCGAGGCGCCUCCGGGAUCCCUGGAGUCGCCAACUACGGACUCCGUGGGCUUGACCACGUUGGUGCAGUCUGCCCUGGAGUUGCCCUUCACGCUGGCGAGGCACGUUUCCAUCCCCUCGGCCACUUGGGGCCCCAAGCGUCGGCUCAAGGCCGCUGCGUGCCCCGUCGGCGGCAUGCUGACAGUUCUUCUCUCUUUCGGCGGGUGGGCAGGAUUCCAGAGGCAGUGCAUUGUCCUGCCAGCUUGGGCACUGUGUGCACUUGCAGGGGGGCUCUGUGGCUUGGGUGUGCUGGCCUUCUCCUCGCCGGAUCGCCCGCCCAGGUGGCACGUGUUGUUGCUGCUGCUGGCGCUGGUAUCCGCCGUCAGUUGGUUCAACCUGCUUGCCAACGAAUGCGUAGCGUUGCUGGAGCUGUUUGGGACCACCCUGGGCAUAUCAUCCACGAUUCUUGGGAUAACAGUGCUAGCCUGGGGGAACUCCGUCGGGGACUUGGUGGCAGACACAGCAGUCGCACGGCAGGGAAAGGUGAGGACAGCAGUCGCUGGGUGCUUCGGAUCCCCUUUGCUCAGCGACCUGCUUGGACUCGGGGUAUCGUUGUCGUCGUACACGCUGUCGACAGGACCACUGCGCACAAAGAUGACUCAACAAACAAAGAUUGCAGCUGGAUUCGCGCUGCUGUCCGUGCUGACCACCGUCACCGGAUGCACAGUGCAUGGCUACCGUUUCCCUAAAUAUUUCGCCAUUGUGUUGUUCUGCCAGUACGCGGCGUUUUUGUUUGUAUCCAUAGUUCUGGAGAUCUAA